UUGAAGUUGUGAGAACGUUUUAUUGGUAAACAUUCAACCAAAAAUACACUAUUUAGAUGUAACCGAUUUGAACUUAAAUAUCGCUAAUUUGUACGUAAAUGUAUGAGAAAUAUGAAGAGAAAACUAAAUGCAUUGGAGCUACGACGGUUGAAAGAAAAUGAGCAAUUUCCGGAAAGCGGGCAGAAUGCUGGCAAGCAGGGAAGUACUCGGAGGAGGCGCUCUUCCUACCGAGAAAGCCCCAUUAAGAACGUCGGAACGUUUGGUCGCAGUGGAAAAAAAUUAACACGCCGGGAAGAUCCCCGUGAGCAUCAAGAUCUAGCACGAGACGAGAUAGCGCUGAUGUUUAUGGAGGUUUCCGAAAAAAUUGAUCGAUGUUUUGAUUUUGAUCUCCAAAAAUGGUUGAAUCGAUACGAAAAUCUUACUCGUAAUUCAACAAACUUCCCAGAAGCUGCAAUGCUGAUCAUGAGUGCGGCUCAAAUUUACGGGCGCAAAGUUGACUAUUUGGAGGAUAUCAUUUUACAUAUGGACCAGGACCAGAAAGGUAGAGAAGUAAACGAGGGUGACGAUAAAAAUGAGAAACAGGAAAAAAAUGUUGGCGGAAGAAGACGAACGGCUAGGUUUCAGCCGCAGUCGCUUUCCGAUUGUUUUAGUGAUUUGGAGUUUACGUUCGUGGACAGAAAGGUGCUCCCUAUUGAUUCACUGGUUACGACUGUGCAGAAGAUGACAGUUGACAAAAGAAACAAAUUUCAACAAAUGCAGGAACUCUGCAAUGAACUAAGAACUAUGCCUGCCAAGCAACGCAGACAGGAAAUUUUGAAUCGUCUCAGAGAUGAGGCCAAUAUUCCUUCGAUCUUGUCCAGCCACACGGCAGCUAGAAAGCAUCAAAUAUUAGACUUGGAAUCCGGAGAAACAAUAGGAACGCGGUACGAUUAUCAAAUCUAUCUGAACUUUAUCGAUGUCAAAACGGGAUCUUUGACACCGGAACACGAUUUGAAGAAGUUUUUCCAACGCUGCGAUGUGAUAGAUUAUCUCUAUGAACAGCAAGAAAGCGAACGGGAACGUUGCGAGCGCACCGGAAGACCAGCACCAGAGAUGGUUUUCCCUUUGAAACCUCGUGAGUUUAAAAUGUAUAUUCCUCCGAACUAUCUCAAAAAUAAGUAUCGAAUAGAGAUGAAUGAUACAUCGGAUUUCGACAAUGAAUUGCACCAAGCUAAGAGCAGCAAUUACCGAACAGAUCCAAUUUUGAAUUUGAUGAAAAGUAAAUUUGCCACUCGAUCUUCAGAGCCGAAGAAAGUUCCACAAGCAAGCGAUGAUGAGCCCUCAUUUUGCAAUGUAUUUUCUUCAUCGGCAAUCGGAACAGAAAUGAAUAGUGCUGACGUCACUGCUGAGAAUUUGGAAAGUGCAAACCAGGAUGAGUGUGAACCAUCCGAUAAUGCUAUAGAAAGAACAGACACUAUGAAUAGCACUGAGACAUCCUUUAAUGUAUCCAACAGCACGAUUUCUAUGUCCCAAGAGCAAGAAACCGAAGUAUCUGAAAGCAAUCCUGAAAAUGAAACAUCUCAGUGUCAGGAAAGUGAGCCUUCUACUAGAGAAGAGUCGGUAUGCGAACCAUCGCAGACCACAAACAGCGGAGAAAAUUGCCUUCAUCUGUCCAAAGAGUCCUCCCCGGAACCGGAGUUGAUGGCUCUCGAACAGCAGUCAGCCCAAACAGCAGACAAAAGUCCACCGGAGAAAACAGCAUCAUCACCUGUUUGCCCUUCGCGGCUUAGCUACGAAGACGAAGGUAUCGGUGCGGAUCGAGAAACACCGCCAGAUCAGUUCUCUUCACCGAGCUUUUCUCGCACACCAUCCCUGGACGUUCUCAGUGACUGCAUAGGGUCGUUACCGAAAACACCGGAACCCCAAACGGUGCCUUUCUUCGGAGGCGGCGUCGUUAUUCCGACACGUAACACCGCUGGCUCACCGCGAACUAUCACAAUCAAACCGGUGCUGGUUAAGCUGAACAUGCUAAAGAUCCCGGAAUGUUAUUUGAAAAAACAUUUGCUCUUUACGCUGCCGGUAGAGUACAGGAAGAUGAAAAAUGAUUUGGUUCGUAAAAGUAGCAAUCGCAAGAAGGAUGUAUUAACGGUGGCAGUAUAUGAUAUGAGUUCGGGUAUCCCUAAAAACUCGAAGUGGUUUGGUCGGCCAGUAACACCGGAACCGGAAGAUUUCUACGGAUUUGAUGAUUCAGCUGAUGUUCUGGAUGAUUCAAGGGACAACAACUUACACAGUUUAAGUGAUGAGUUGCAGUCCAACAUAUCACGGUCAUCCACACCGGAGAGUGACUUUUAUGGUUUCGAAGACUGUGAUUUGGAAGUCCAAAAAAGAAAAAAGGCAGAUCAUGUCCAAUCCAAAGCUGCAGUUGAAAAAGACGUCCAAAAAAAGAAUACUGAACGUCCAAAAUCUAUAGUAGCGGAAUCGGUAGCAGAAGUUGCGGCCGAAAAUCCAGAACCAAACGCACAACUUAACCCAAUUCAGCAGCAAGAUGCCGAGAAACCAAAUUCGCAACAUUCGACACCGACUAGAACUUUAUCGCGUGAUUCGGGAAUUUCCGACGACCAGAACGAUCGUCGGGGGAGUCGUUCUAAGGAAACUACUCCGGAACCAAGUAGUCCGUCGUCAAAACAAGACCUUGGCAACAUGGUAAGCCAAGAAACGGCAACCGAACUGUCCACCUCAGCAAUUGCAGCUGAGCCGCAGCCUACUGAGACGAACGAAAAAUACAUCCAAAGCGUGACAGAAGCAAAAGAACUCAUUGAGAAGGUCAACAAUUGGCAUCGAAAAUUGAAACCGAUAUUGUUCCAGUCUGAGCAGCGUAAUCACUUCGAUAUUCACGCCUACGGGACGGAGAUUAUAGAGUCGUUUGCUCCGCAAACGGACGCAAACAGUUCUGCUUCGAACAUUAGCUUUGCGCAAAUUAUGGACAAUAAACAGCAGGACUAUACGGCUCGGUACUUUCUGUCCAUGCUAAUGUUGGCCAACACAAAUAAUGUACAAAUUGUAACGCGCAACCAGAACCCGAAUCGGUUAACCACUAAGGAGGACAUUGAACUUCGAUUGCUGAGUCGGAAACGUCACCACCAAGAAAUGGAGAGCAUGGGCGAGAGGAUACCUUGCGACAAUUCGGGCAAAGUUGUUAAAAAAGGAAAAAUAUCUCGUGGAAUCAAACGCAAACGGGAGUCUGAGGUCGCAACAAACCAGGAGGGCAACGGCGACGAGAGAUGUUUGCGAGAUGAUGACGAAACGGAGCACGACUUUCUGGAUAAAAUUCGUCGACUCUAUCCGGACAUCAAUAGCGAAGAAACGAUGCGCAAACGAAUGGCUUUCCACCGCGGCAUGCGGCGAUGCGCUUAUGGACUGCCUGCGGACGCCGAAGAAGCGAACAGUAGUUUGCAAAACUCCACUGACGAGCAAGAGCAUGUGAGUCAGGAAGAGCCUAUGACGGAGGAGCUUCUAUCAGUUGAUUUGCUGACAAAUGAAGCUGUUAUGGUGCCGAUGAUUGUCGAUCAGGGUCCAUGUUACUCUAAAAGUAUCUCGAUUGCGGAAUCUGGUUACGGGUCAAUGCUCGGAGAUGGCGAUUGAUAGUAGGGUACGUACCUACGACAAACAUAAGUGGACAUAUACAAGAGACAACUGUUCUGUAUGAAUUUUGAACAUAUUUUCUUCUAUAACAGGCACUUGAUAGAUAACAUUCACACUUGGUACGCUCUACUAGAGCGUACCUCUAUUGUAAGUUUAGGAAAAUUAGUUUUAAGCUAAAAAUUCUCAGUUUAGAUGUUAUGCAAAUAUUUUCUUUGCUCGAUUUUGCUUCACUUUACGAAGUACAAAAUUAAUAAUAAAGUGUAUUCUGACCUUAGCACCUUAGCGAGAUACCACCCGAGUAAUUUACUUUGCAUAUAGAGGCGUCCUAUUGUUUGAUGACCCGAAAUUGUUAGACUAGUUUGUCUUUCGUACUAAAGUCUAUAUUGAUUCCCACAAAGAACGAACAAAUGCGUUUAGACUGUAAAAAAUUAUAUACCUAUUACAAAAGCAUUUCUGUUGUUUUGCAUUUUACUUAACUUUCAUGCCAAAAUAUUUUCAUUUUCUAUUUUGCCUGACUAAAAUAAUUUUAAGCUAAAACGCUCUUUAGAAGCACCGACCUUAGAGAACCCAGUGACAAUUCGAAAUAGCAGAAUUUAUUAUUUACACUUUAUUUGAUCUGACGAGAUGUAUGUAUUAGAGUAGUUUAUUUCUCACAAAACUUUCAACAACUUUAAUCGAUUGUGUAUCGAAUUUAUUGAACACGAAGAGUUCAACAGAAGUUGAUAAAUAAAAUGAUUAGUAGUGGAAUUAGAAGAGUAUAUUGU